AGCAUCAGUCGCUCGGUUUACCUGAAAGUUUAGCAAACUGGCCUUCCGGUCAUUGUUCAAGUUGAGGGUGCAAAUGAGUCAUGGCAACCAAAAUGAAAUUUUCCAUUGCGACCAGCAAGGCUGAUGGACUCUGGGAAACUUCAUCCUGCAGUACUACAAUGGAUAGGUUCCUCACAAAACCGAUUUCAAAAGAAAGUUGCAUCAAUGUGAAGAAGGCAUCCUCUACAAUUAACAAUUCCGGGGAUUUGAACAACAAUAACGAACUAGAUUCGCAACGUUCUCAUGAAUGUAGAUUUCCCUUCAAUUUAGAAAAAGUUAAAGUUAACGUUCCGAAGGCUUUUGGUACGUGGAAAGAGAAAUAUUGUUGGUUGAGUCUUAAUUCAAAAGGAAAAUGUAUCUGUACUACAUGUGGCGACGCUUUUCAGAAAAAGCUUCCUCUGCCUAAGGAUAGUAGAAGCGUAAAUUCACGAAAAGCUUCUGUAGACGAGAGAUUCGAUUGCUGGAAAAACGCAAUUGCGCGCCUUACUUUCAAUGAAAGAAGCUCACUUCAUAUUGCUGCUAGUACUGGCCUUUUAAAUCUCGAAAAAGCCCAGUGUUUGCGCGAAAAUUCCAACAGCAAAGGACCAAGAAAUACAUAAGGCUCGCGUCGUGUUAGAUACCAUCUUCAGCACAGCAACUCUUCUUGCACGUCAAGGCCUGGCUUUGCGUGGAAAUUAAUGUGAAAUUUUGCAAAUGAUGCCUCGAGAAGUUCUUUCAAGAUUACUGGCAAAAAUCAGGAGUGUACAGUUUUUCGCGAUCAUUGCACAUGAAACUUCCGAUGCAUCUCGUAAAGAGCAACUUUCUUUUUCAGUUAGAACAGUUUGUAAAGACUUGAUUAUUGAAGAGGAUUUUCUAGGUUUUUACGAAACCAAAAAUACAAAAUCAGCAACUCUGUAUGAAACUAUUAAGGAUGUUAUAAUUUGGCUGGAAUUGGACAUUUCGAAAUUACGUGGACAAUGUUUCGAUGGAGCUGCGAAUAUGGCCGGAUAUAUUUCUGCAUUUCAGAAGCGAAUAAGGGAGGAUGAACCACCAGCACUGUACAUUCAUUGCCGCCCUCACAGUAAGCCUAGUUUUUCAAGAUGCCAUGGAAGGUGUGCUAGCUGUGAAGAACUUUCUUGGCAUUCUCAAAGAAGCGAUACAUUUUAUUCUUGAUUCCCCAAGCGAUUCUCCAAAAAGAUUAGCGCAAUUUGAAGAACUACUAUCAGAUGAUAGCCCAAGUUUAAUGCCGUUCUGCCCAACAAGGUGGCUGAUUCGCAAAUCGGCAAAAAGAAUGCACAAGAUAACGGUGUAUAAUGGCUUGCCUAAACUUUUUUGAAGAAAAGCGCGACGACCGCGAGUCAGAUAUAUCUGCGUGUGCUAAAGCAGCUGGCCUUUUUAAAAGCAUGGAUAGUUUCGAAUUCCACUUCUUCAUGACCAUUGUAAUAUUUAUUUUAGAAAGAGUGGAGGUUUUGAAUGCUGAACUACAAAAAUGCGAGCUCAGUAUUAGUGAAGCCUAUGAGAAAAUCCGCAUUGUCUCAGAACACCUAGAAAGAGUUCGAAGUUCAGGUGUUGAAGAUAUUUGGACGAAAGCUGUCGAAGAUUCGUUUGCCCUAGAUCUACCCGACCCGGAGAUUCCACGCCAGCAUAGAAAAUCUUCCAGAAUCGAUCCUGCGCUCAACGAUGCUCAUGCUUUUUCUAGUCCAAAAGAGCAUUAUCAAAAAAUUUUCUACGAGUGAAUGACCAAGUUGUUGUAUCAAUGAAAGAUUUGAGUGCGAAACUUCGAAACUUUUAGAGAAAUUUGAAGAUUACGCGACAGGAAAAGAUUCGAAUGUCACAGUUAUUAUAACCUUUUAUGAAAAAGAUUUUAAUCCUGACCGUUUAUCUCUUCAUCGAAAUAUAUUUUUCGACUAAAUAGCGAUAAAAAAUGUAAAAAUGAAGUCCUUGAAAGACGUUGAUUAUUUAAAAGGCAAUCCUAACUUAGCCGAUUCAAUUACAGAGUUUAUGAGACUAAUAAAAAUCUUAUUAACCAUACCAGUAUCAUAAUGUACUGUUGAAAGAUCGUUCUCAGCAUUGCGUAAAUUAAAAAAUUAUUUGCGGUGAUCUAUGAAAGCACAACGGUGAAACUACCUUGCUUUGUUACACGCGCAUUCGCACCCAACGGAAUAGUUGUUGCAAGACAAAAGAGUAAAAAUUGUUAACAAAUUUAUUAGAAAA